GAGAGAGGGGAGGGAGGAGAGCGAGAGAAAGGGAGCUGCUUGGAUCCCGUACUUCCCAGAGCCUGCCUGGAGCGCGCACUCAGCGGCUCUCCGGGUCCCAGUGUCCCAGCCGCGGCCCGCGCCCCGCACCGCCGCCUCCCUCGGUCUGGGCACCCCUCGCCCCCUCCCUCCGGCCCCCGCCAGGCUCAGGCUGCGGCCACCCCCAGCCCCCGCUCGGCCACAUCCCCAACUCUCCGGGCUCCCUCCUGGGACGCGCGCCCUCGCCCCAUCCUUUCUUCCUUCCUUCCUUCCCUCGCGCCCGCCCUCCCUCUCCAGGUCUCCCUCCCGGGGCCCGAUUGUCUCCGUCCCCUGCCCAGCCGGCCCGCGCCGCGCCCUACCCGGAGUCUCCCUCGCACUUCCUGGGUCGCCCGGCGCCGCAGUCUCGCCUCGCCCCGGGAGCCCGAGCCGCCGCUGCCCCCGGCUCCAGCCCCCGAAGCCCGCGGCGCCCGCCCGAGGGAGCCCCGGCGCCCGGGGAAGGGAAAAGUGGGCGAGCGCGCCCUCGCCCAGCCCCGCGCCCCAGCCCUGCCCGGCGAGGAAGGACCGGGAAGAUGAACAACGGCGGCAAAGCCGAGAAGGAGAACACCCCGAACGAGGCGAACCUUCAGGAGGAAGAGGUCCGGACCCUAUUUGUCAGUGGUCUCCCUCUGGAUAUCAAACCUCGGGAACUCUAUCUGCUCUUCAGACCAUUUAAGGGCUACGAGGGUUCUCUUAUAAAGCUCACAUCUAAGCAGCCCGUAGGUUUUGUCAGUUUUGACAGUCGCUCAGAAGCAGAAGCUGCAAAGAAUGCUUUGAAUGGCAUCCGCUUCGAUCCUGAAAUUCCGCAAACACUACGACUAGAGUUUGCUAAGGCAAACACGAAGAUGGCCAAGAACAAACUAGUAGGGACUCCAAACCCCAGUACUCCUCUGCCCAACACUGUACCUCAGUUCAUUGCCAGAGAGCCAUAUGAGCUCACAGUGCCUGCACUUUACCCCAGUAGCCCUGAAGUGUGGGCCCCGUACCCUCUGUACCCAGCGGAGUUAGCGCCUGCUCUACCUCCUCCUGCUUUCACCUACCCCGCUUCACUGCAUGCCCAGAUGCGCUGGCUCCCUCCGUCCGAGGCUACUUCUCAGGGCUGGAAGUCCCGUCAGUUCUGCUGAAUACCACGUUCCAGGUGUGUGAUGGUGGCUGCAAUCUGUCUUGUGGGUAUUAAUGCAACCUUCAGUGGUAGCUGCUGUUCUCAAGCUGUUCUACAAAACUGGAGCAUGCUGGCUUGAAAACACCUUGCCCAGUUUUGGUCCCUUCAAGACUUUGCCACAGCCUCUAUCACACAUCUGUUUUUCUCGAAGAAACAAAUAUAAUAAAAAUGUUUUACUCUUUUACACUGUAUAAUUUUAAAAAAUAGUGUGUUAUUUGUGAACGCAUGGUCUGACAUUUCUGUACAGUUUGGAGAUAUUUUCAAACGAAACAUAAAA